GACCAUUGUGAAGAACGCAAUCCAUGUCCACCCGAGUACUGUAACCAUGGCGGAAAGUGCUCUCAGAAUGGGUCUGAUUUCGUCUGCAAUUGCCCUCCGGGAUUCUAUGGACCACAGUGUGAACAUGAUGUCAACGAGUGCGACCAGUCUCCAUGUGCAUUUGGGAAAUGUGUGAAUACGAUGGGCUCAUACCGAUGUGAAUGCGAUGAGGGCUUCAUUGGAAGGGACUGCCAAAUCUAUCGUAGCGGCUUGGAAUGCUCAAUGGCUGGACCGAAUAUCUGCCGUAAUGGAGGAGUUUGUGUAGCUGACGAAAUCAACAACACCAACACUUGCGUCUGUCCACCAAUGUACCAAGGGUUGUUCUGUGAAAAGGACGUUGAUGAAUGCUCGAUGGCGAAUCCCUGUGAAAACGGCGGCACAUGUGUGAACCUUGAUGGCGGUUUCGAAUGUGCCUGCACAGCAGCAUUCGAAGGCGAAUUGUGCACGAUAAACAAGGACGAUUGUGUGAACAAUAAAUGUAGUGCAGGCUCAACCUGCGUAGAUCUGAUUGGUUCGUAUCGCUGCGAGUGUCCUGAGGGGAAAAUAGGGUCCCUUUGCCAGUACAGCGAUCCAUGUCAUUCUAUGCCGUGCCUCAACGGGCGCUGCAUUGGCGAUCCUGAAACGGGUGAAUCAACCUGUGCUUGUGAUCACGGAUAUACGGUAAGCCGUCCAUUCAUUCACUGA